AUGGAGCUAGUGAAGAAGGGAGCAUCUAUGUAUUUCUUCCCAGAAGGAACAAGGAGUAAGGAUGGUCGGUUAGGUCCUUUCAAGAAAGAAAAAGAGCAAUGGAGAGCACUCACAGCACUUACCAAUCAUCCCCUACGCCACAGUACGAGAGUUCCAGUGGUUCCAAUAACGUUGAUGGGAACAGGGAAGAUUAUGCCGACGGGUAGUGAAGGUAUACUGAAUCAUGGGAGUGUGAGAGUGAUCAUCCACAAGCUAGCCUAUACAUGGAAGCAAAGCAGAUGUUCAUUACAAUCAUGCUAG